AUGAACGACGGGGCUUGGAAGCACAUGGACACAUUAGAACGAGAUGUAUUAUCGAAGAGCUUCGGCCAGGAGCAAACCAAACAAUGGACCUCCAAAGCCAGUGGAUCUGCUUUCUACCGCUUCAAAUCGAGCGGAGCCUGCGGUGUGGAGCGUGAUUUCGAACAACAAGUCAAAAAUGGCUCGAUUCCUGCACCAGCAUGGCUUACGGUACCUCGUGACCAAGUUUCUGCCAAAGUCGAACAGGCAAAUUCCCAAAGGCCUCAGCUGCAAAACAAAUUCCUCUCACAGACUUCAGGAUCCAUGAGCCCUCAUGGCCGCCGCCGCUUCUCCCUUGGCUGGGACCUUGGUUUCAAUGAUGCGCUGUGCUUUUUCGCCGCGAUGUCUCGAGAUGUCAUCCCUGGCCACAGGGACGGGGGAGACAAAAUCGGUGCUCUGGACCUAUGGGUUCGGAAGCGUGUAAUUGAAGCGACUUGCUUAGGCGAGGACCUCGACGUUGAAUGGGAGAAUGGUUUCCGAACCGGAGUUGACGAUUUUUACAACGCAGUUGCAGUCGCCAUUUGA